CAAAUAAACAAAACAGUGCUGCCAGUAAACCUGGGGGGUAUUCCAGAAAGCUUGGUUAACUUACCAUUUGAUAAAUCAUAACCUCUGGGUUGAUUUACCCCAAACAGGCAUACCAUGAGUAUGUCGGUUCCAAAACACCUGAGAAGAGUUAGUUUAAUCAACCUCCAACUGGUUACCCAGAGGUAAUGCGCGUGCACGGUGCAUUUAUAAAGACAUUCUCAAUGGAUCGCCGAUUUCACGAGUCACCAUGGAAACUCAAAGCGAAAAAAAGAGAGCGGUGUAUUUCACAGAGGCGGAGUUGAAGGUUUUAAUGCACGCUUAUGAGGAGUUUAAGCCAAUAAUAUUAAAAAGAAGCAAUACAGCUGCAUCAGCUAAAGCAAGAGAGUUGACUUGGCAAAAAAUACCGGACAGAGUAAAUGCCUGUAAUCCUCCUGGAACCACAAUAACUUUAAGCCAAGUCAAAAUGAAACACAAAAACAUUCUGCAAAAAGCUAAUAAAAAGAAGACUGAAGCCCGUCUAACUGGCGGGGGUCCACCACCACCUCCCCUCACCCCAUCUGAGGAGCUGGCUCUGUCCCUUAAUAAAGGGCGACCAGUGGUUGCUGGCAUUCCAGGGGGCAGUUCAUCACACACACCAUGCACCACAAGUGAUGGUGAAAAAAUUGUGAAAUAUACUGAUGGAUGUAUUGUAUUAUUGGACCCUCCAGAAAGAACUGUCACAGUUGAUGAAGAUGAUGAUGAAGAGACCACAUCUGCUGUGACAGAAGUGGACAAUGCUGGUAGAUCCACUGAGUACAUACCUAGGGAUUUGCCCACAGAUGAGGGUCCUUCAACCUCAGCACACAAUCUAAGCAGGUUGCCAGCAAAGGAGCUGUAUAAGGUCCAUCUUUAAAAACAAAUAAGAAAAAGUGACACCUUAUACCGCUUCAAAUGGAAGAGAAAAGACUCCUCAUUAAAAAAGCAGCACUGGAAAUUUAAUUACUGGAGCAUCGCCUUAAGGAAAUAAAGAAAUAAACUGCCUGGCAGACCAGUGAAAAAAAUUAAUAAAAGUGAUUUUGACAGACCCUGUCUCUCAAAAGUCUUCUGUCUCUGUUGGCCUCUAAAAUCUGUAGGUGUUCCUCUGGGCCAUCUUCCU